UGUAAACACCAUCCUCUCUGAUCAUAUUAUUGUGCGCAAUGACCAAUUCAAAACAAUACACCGUUUGCUGAAUCUUUAUUCUCGAGAGGAUAGGUUGAAGUCUAUUUUGUGCUUUUUAUUACAACUCAGUUUGCACUAUGCUUCAGCUAAACGACACGGUUGAGCCAAUGAGUCCGGGGGCUGCGGUCCUUCAUCCGGCAGAGGCUGAGGAUGGAGUCGAGGUUGCCUUCACACCGCCGGGGGCCAGAGGGAGCUUUGGGUAUAGUUCUUCUGUAGCAUGUUGCUCCCCCUUACAAACAUUAACGCCGUUUCAUGUCCACAACCCAACAAUGCAAGCGAAAGUGAAGGAUUAUUUCGUCUUCAGGCCAGGGACCAUUGAACGAGCAGUGAAUGACAUCAGAACAGUGGGCCUGCCUUCAGAGGAUGGAGAAGUGCUGAGUGUGUGGCUACUUGCAGAAGUUGACCACUGGAACAACGAGAAGGAGAGACUGGUGCUCAUAACUGACAGGUCCCUGCUGGUUUGCAAGUAUGACUUCAUCAACCUGCUGUGUCAGCAGGUCAUCAGAAUCUCCCUUAAUGCCGUGGACACCAUCUCAGUGGGCGAGUUUGAGUUCCCGCCCAAAUCCCUCAACAAGAGGGAGGGCUAUGGGAUUCGGGUUCAGUGGGACAAACGCCCACGCCCCUCCUUCGUGAACCGCUGGAAUCCCUGGUCCACAGACAUGCCCUAUGUCACCUUCACUGAGCACCCCAUGGCCCGUGCCGACGAGAAAGUGGCCUCUCUCUGCCAGAUGGACAUCUUCCGGACCCAGCUGGUUCAGGCAGUGAAGAAGGCCCACAAGGAGUUUGCCAUUCCGGGCAGGGCCAACGGAGUUCUGAUCCUAGAGAGGCCCCUCCUCAUCGAGACCUACCUGGGCAUCAUGUCCUUUAUCAACAAUGAGGCCAAGCUGGGCUACUCCAUGACCAGGGGAAAGAUUGGCUUCUAAUGUUCCCACAGUGACCCUCUUAUUCCACAGCAGUGGGAGCGCUGUCAAACUGUGUGUUUUAUGAGUGUGUGUCUGUCUGCUCGUGGAAUGCUGACAAUGUGGCUGUGUCAUACCCAACGCUUGAGUAUAACCGGCGGGCAGCCAUGGUGUGCAGUAAGCCUGAGUUCUCUCCACUCCUGCCACAGUGCUCUCAUGCAAAGGUAUGUUUUCCAUUUGCCAUAAUUAUUUAACCCCUGAGUGGAGAGACCUACAGUAUGUGAAUUUGGUGUGUUUGUGCGAUUAGGGAAUGUCGCUAGUUGUGGGUACAGUGCAUACUGUUUACCUUGCCAUUGUGAAAAUACUGUAAUACACACCUGACUUAGUGUCCAUGGAAGUUAACAUUAGUGUGGGCCUUUUGUGCAGUACGAGGGCAUGGUUAGGUGCUUUAACUUUAGGUAUAAGAGUGGGCUUUAUCAGUGCUCGUUAUUACAGAAACUGAUGCAAUGAGCUUUGCAUAAUCAAGCGGUCUACCCAUUAUUUUCAACCUGAGACGCCUUGCAAAAUAGCAGAUUUUUGCAUUAGCCAGAUUGGCUCUAAAAUCCAUCAUAUUGGGAAGUUGUAGUGGUAAGAUUUGAGAAUUAAUGCAGCUGCCGGUGCUACAAUCUGCUUUUUCAGUCAAAAUUAUGACCACGUUAUUUACUAUAUUUUACAUUGUUUGGUGCAAGCCCACCUACAGAUAUUCCCUUGUGACAAUUUUCUUAAAUUGAUUAGGCCUACUCGUCUCCAUUUCUAGAAAACACACAGCCUUUAUCGUCCUCAUGCUAGGCUAGUUAAUGCAAAGGAUUAGGUUCUAUGAAAAUGUGAUGUCUAACGUUGGGGUGAGUAGCUGCCGGAGAAUUGUUGUGGAAUAUGUUACUUUAGCAUUAGCUACAUAGCAUGAGGACGAGAAAGGCAGUUUAAUUCCGAACUAGCAGUAUUAUGAUUUGACGUCAGGCAUUGUGGGAUAAUUAAGAGUACAGUGACACCUUCCAUGCCUGGAUUGAGGUACGUUUUCAUACCCGUUUGAUUCUUAGUGUUGACCGGUAUAGAAAUGUCUAGAAGGGGGGGAAAAAUCCUUUCUACAUAUCGUUUCACCAAACAAUCUACUACACAAAUCUUGCUCGGAGGCUAAAAUAGUCUUAUCGACCAUGGGAAUAAAAAUGGUGGCCAUCUUAGAUUACGUUGAUCUAUUAGUCAACUAUUCAAGUAACUAACUAGUUAGGGCUGUAGCCAUAGUCUGACAUAAACCUCAAAGAAAAGCAACAAGUUAAAUUGGAUACAGCAUUUGAAUGUAAAGGUCUCCUUUUACCAAGCUCGUACGGCUUUGCCGCAGACCUUUUGAUCAGUAGCUCUCAGGAACAGAAUAAUCAAUUUCUGUUCAAGUAUUUGGAAAGGACUAUAGUGAAAUAGUUCCAUGCCAUUGUUUUUUUUCUCCUGAGGACCUCCCUGCCCCCACCUUUUAAUGGAUCUUCCCCUCCCUGCUCCACAACUCUUACUAUUUGUUAUUAACCCUCUUGGCCUCUGCUUUACUGAUUUGUCACUUCCAUGUCGACAUUAGAAUGCUUGAGUGCUUGCUCGGUGAGAACAUCCACCUCAUUCCCUUCUACUCCCACAUGAACCUUAAAUACCCUCAACCUAAACAAGCACAAAUUUAAAUGUAUCACUGCACAGGAGCCAAUCUAAGGAAGUGACUUAUUGUAUAAGGGCCAAUAACAGGAAGUGACCAAGAAAGCCCCAAUUACAUUUGAAACAUUCUUCCAUCAUUCACAAUGGUUGAUGGGCGUUCAAUUUUGUUUCUAAACAGAGUAAGAUGUCAUUCUUGCAUGGGAUCUAAGCUGAAUAUUUCUAAAUAUGCAACUAAAACAAAGUCAAGAAAUCCAGGAACCAGAUUUAAACUGGUUUGAAAUACAAUCUUCCUCAUCCAUUCACCAGAGAAGAAUCUGGUUGUUAGGCCUUUGCUUUACACAAGAUCAUGCUUUAAUGAACUAAGAUGUCUGUCCAACUACCUUUUUUCCCACCCCUGGUCUAAAUGUAGCAUGCAUGUUUUGCAUGCCGUCUCUGUUCAACUUGGAAAAUGCUCCAGAAUAGCAUAUACUGAAUUGAUGCAGGCUGUGUUACAAAAAGAAAACUAGCACGGUCACCAACGUGAGGCAAUUGCCUACAUUACUUUGAUAUUUCAUACUGGGUAAAUCUGUUAUCCGACCCAUUUGCAGAUUGGUUUGACUCAUAACGCUGACUAUAUGCUCAUACUGACCUUGCUUAUUAAAUAAAUA